UCUCCCCCGGCGGCGCUGGGGAGGGGUCUGGGCGCUGCGUGCGGGCGGCGGGAGCGCGGCGGGUCCGGCGGCACCGCACGGAGCGCAGCGCGGGGCUCGGGCAGCCGCGGGGAGCCGCGCCGGCCAUGGCGGUGUCCGCGCCGCCCGUCAUCGCCGCAACUUCCAGCGGCGGCGGCGCGGGGGGCUCGGCGGGUUUGUUCCGGGCGGACCCGCUGUACUCCAGCCCCGCGGAGUCCCCGCGCCUCACCAACAGCCUCGUCAACACUUUCCUCUCGGCCGGCGGCGGCGGGGCCGGCGCGGGCGGCGGCGGCGGCGGCAACGAGUGUAAGAUGGUCGACCUGCACGGGGUGAAGGUGGCCUCGUUCCUCGUGGAGGGGCAGGAGCUGAUCUGCCUGCCGCAGGUCUUUGAUCUCUUCCUCAAGCACCUGGUGGGAGGGCUGCACACGGUCUACACCAAGCUGAAGCGGCUGGAUAUAUCGCCCGUGGUGUGCACGGUGGAGCAGGUCCGCAUCCUGCGCGGGCUGGGGGCCAUCCAGCCCGGCGUCAACCGCUGCAAGCUCAUCACCAGGAAGGACUUCGAAACUUUGUACAACGACUGCACCAACGCGAGCAGCUCCCGCCCGGGCCGACCCCCCAAGCGCUCCCUGGGAGUGGCGAUCCAGGAAAAUGCACGGCUGCUGCCCCACGGAGUCCCAGGCCUCUUAUCACCAGGGCUUAUCUCUCCAACAGGUCUGACAGCAGCUGCCAUGGCAGAGGCCAUGAAGCUACAGAAAAUGAAACUUAUGGCCAUGAACAGCCUUCAUGGAAGUGGGAGUCAGAAUGGAACAGAGUCAGAAAAUGAAGAGCUCAAUUCUAAUGCAGGUGGGAGUGAAUCCUCCUGGGACAAGGAGAAGCUGCAGUCCCCCAUCACGCCGGGAUCCCAGCACAGCAUUGCUCACCCCACGCUGCCGGGGCAGUCGAGCCUGGGGAGCGCGCACCCGCUCAGCCCCCUGCAGCAGAACCACCUGCUCACCAACAGGAUAGACCUGCCCUUCAUGAUGAUGCCACACCCCCUGCUCCCCGUCAGCCUCCCCCCAGCCUCGGUGGCCAUGGCCAUGAACCAGAUGAACCAUCUCAACACCAUCGCCAACAUGGCAGCGGCGGCGCAGAUGCACAGCCCCCUGUCCAGGGCAGGGGCCUCUGUCAUCAAGGAGAGGAUCCAGGACAGCCCGUCGCCGGCGCCGUCGCUGGAGGAGAGCCAGCGCCCCGGCAGCCACGCGUCCUCCCGGCCCAGCAGCAGCGUGUCCAGCUCCCCGUCCCAGCUGGACACCACCCCCGACAGGAUCGCCAUGCUGACCAACAGCAGGGAAGGAGAACUCAUUGACCAAGAAACUGGGACCAGCCUAAAAAAAGUACAAAAGGAGAAAGAAGAGGUGCAAAUUGCCAUUCCAAUAAUGAAACCAGCCUUAGAUAAAGUCCAACUGGCUGGACAGGCCUUGCCUCCUGGAUUCCCGGCGCCGUUUCUCUUCGCUGAUGGUCUUUCAUCAGUAGAAACACUAUUAACCAACAUCCAGGGCCUGCUGAAAGUGGCUGUGGACAAUGCAAGAGUCCAGGAAAAGCAGAUACAGCAGGAAAAGAAAGAGUUAAAGAUGGAGCUUUGUAGAGAGCGAGAGCUACGAGAGAGUUUGGAAAGGCAACUCACAGCUGAGCUGCAGAGCAGAGCCACAAUUCAAAAACGCUUGAAGAAAGAGAAGAAGGCAAAGAGAAAAUUGCAGGAAGCUUUGGAAUUUGAAUCCAAGAGAAGAGAACAAGUGGAACAGGCUCUUAAACAGGCCACAUCAGGUGAAGGUCUCAGGAUGUUAAAUGAUGCUGGAAUCCCAGAUAUGGAAAUAGAACACAAUGGGACCCAACACGACAGUGCAGCCAUGCAAGAAAACAGAACAUACAUCAAACCAACCAUUAUGUACUGAAGGAACCACCUCUUGCUGAGAAAUGUAUAAUGACCACUAUUUGAAGACUAUCUAGUUCCUGAGAAAUGUCCCUUCCAACCUUUGAUGCCUUCAGUACUGUGUGAGGAACAGGAUUUGUAGCAUGAAACUUGAAGGACAAUUUCAAGCAAUUUACUGUUGCUGCAUUGGAAACUGCCGUAUUGAGAAACACUGAGACUUUUUACAAGCUUACCAUACCAAACCAAGCCUGUCACAACAGAUCAUUUUUAGGUCCCUGGAGAUAGAAAGGAGUUUUAGUAUUUUUAAGCACAUACAUUAAUUAUUUCCCCUCCCCACCCCGCCCUAAAAAAGAACUUUUUUUUUUUUUUUUUUUUUUCCUUAGGAGGUGGCUAUUACUGAAUAGCAAUGGCACAAUGAUUUUAAGCCACAAUGGUCCUCACUGGCUGUACAUCAUACAAGUCCAGUUUAUCACUGAAACUGUUCAACAUGGAGCUGUUUCGAUUGUGUUUAUAAAUUAAGCUUUGUUUACUGAAGCAGAUACUCGAUAUAUAUUACGUUUUAAAAAGAAAUGUGUGUACAUUUUUUAAAAGAACGAUGUAAAAAUUGUCCUUUCAUUAGAUGACCGAUUCAAAAGUGUGAGCUAAACCCUAAUAGCUGAUGUAAUAUGAGGAUUAUAAUUGAUGCUUUUUUUUUUUAAUGCUCAGUUCAGCUUGGCUUUUGGUCUUUUAAGAUGGAAAAAUGAAUAUGCAGUAGAGUGUUAGAUAAUGGAAACUUUUAAGUAUGGUUUCUCUGUUGUACCAUAUUAAGUUAAAGUACACAUUCUUUGUUAAAAAUGUUCUUGCUAAAAAUACAGUAUUAAAAAGUUUUUUGUUUGACUUUGGAAAUCUUUUAAGAUUUUUUUUGGACUGUGAAUUCCCAUAGUAACUGUACUAAUGCAAACCAGUAUUUUGCACUAUUAAAAAUACUUGAAGAAAUGACUUAAUAAAGAGGGUGGGUUGGUAUUAAACAUUUUCCUAAUCAUUGUAUGCUCCAGAUUCUGAACUUUGCAAUGAAAGCUUCCCUUCUCACAACAGGGGGCUGAAGGCUGGUUUGAGGCAGGUGGAAUUAAGUGAUCACCUGUUCCAUCUUUAUUUUAAUUCCUGGGUCAGAGGCAGGGUGCUCAUUUCCUUACAGACUCCUGUUUAUGUACACAUGUUUACACACACAUGCCCUGAAUAUAAAUCACUGUCACUUAAAAACAAAAAAGACCUUUAAAUAGAUCCACAGGGAAUAUGUUCCCUGUGAUUAUGUUUUCUUCUGGCUACAUUUAAAUGUAGAGUGUUCACAAUUUCUUUCAUUUUUAGCACUGCAUUUUUUUCUCAUUAGA